GUCAAAAUUAGCCCAAUAAUUUCAAAACCCAACACACAAAAACCCUUUUCCCUCUUCUCUCUCACAUGGAUAUAUGGUCGCUACCCGCCUUCCGUCACAAGUCGCAGCUCCAUUAACCGCCGCAAGGUCGAACUGUGCCAAAUUCUUGAAGGGUUUCACUCUUGGCGUUAAUGCAUUCGUAACCCAGUUGCGUAUUUUCUGUAAAUUUGGUAAAAACUUUACGAAAAUUUCCUAGUGUUUCUUCUAAAUGGAUGAGGAGGUAGAAGCGAUUUUGGGAAAUAACAGGCUUGAAGACCUGAGUUGGUUAUGUUCCCUUUCUGAGUCCGAGCUUGAUAUGUUGAUUAGCUUGAAACUGCUAGUCCUUCAACGUGCAAAGAUUAUUGGGAAUGAAGAAUUAGCCCAAAAAUUUGACUUGAAGAUGCUUCGAGCUCUUGUGCUCGUUUUGAUGGAAUAUGCCAAAGAGAAGGUUGAGUCACUUUGUCCAGGCUUGGCCAAUUCUACUGCAUUUAUGGAUUGUUGUAAUUUGUUAAAGGUUGAUGUUGAAGAUAUUUUGAGUAUUGAAGAGUUAAAGGCAUGUAUGGGCUAUGAUUUGAAGAAGAGACAUGGCAAAAGGAAGGUUAGACGUCUAAACCAUUUUGUUUGUGGAAGCCAAACGCCAAAAAAUCAUUAAGCAGUUUUAUGUGAAUUGUAUUCCCGACUAGUAACCACUGACUGUAUUAUUAAAUUGGGAUGGUUUUUUAUCAUCUUUGUGGACAUAAUAUUUGUGGGUUUGUUGACAUUACCUGUGAUUUGUGAACUAGGGUGGUGGCAGUUAGAAACUAUACAAGAUUCUGUGGACUACAAUCCAAAUGUAGUUUAAUUACACAUCUGCUAUAUGAAUUAUAUAGAAACACACCAAAUUUUGCUUUU